CGAUACAAAAGCAAUGAACAUCCCUGAUAGGUCUCUGUGGUGUGACAGGAAGUAAAUAAUAAACAUCAGUAUUUAAUGCUUCAAUUUACACAGUAGUCUACCUGUAAGAGUGGCUUCAUCUUGUGCAGCUUAUUAUUUGGGUACCUUGGGUGGGCGUUUGUAUAUUUUGUUUAUUAUGAUGUGGUGCUCUCUCAUUAUGUGCAACUAGGCGAGAACAACUGACAUUAUCGCUAUGGAGAUCAAUUUGGGUGCAGAAACUUCGGGUUUGUACACACUGGAAACAGUCAUAAGGGAAGAUGAUUCAAGUAAGGAGAGUGGAGAGAGUGACUGUGACUUUGAAGAGAAACCUGGUAAGUUCAAGGAAGGUAAAGUUGGAGCAAAGAAAAAAGAUAAGGACGAAAAAGAAAAAGACAAGAAAAAGGACAAAGAUAAAGGUUAUGCUGCUUUGGAUGGGGAAAGUUCUCCUGAAGAAUCAGAAAUGGAAGUGAAAAGCCCAUUCAAAGGGAAAAAACGUUCGUUCAAAUUUUCAAGCCGCAAGGAAAAGAAGAACAAAGAUGACGAAAAAGAAAAAAAAAAAGAUAAAGAUCGAAAAUUGUCUAAGGAAAGUGAUGUUUCCCCAAAAGAAAUGAGAGACGACACCAGCAAGCUAGAGAAAUCCGACAAGAAAAAAGAAAAAAAGGAAAAAGAGAAAGAAAAAGAAACCAAAGUGAAAGAGAAAGAGAUUAAAGUGAAGGAUAAGGAAAAGGAUGUAAAAAGUAAAGAUAUUAAGAACAAAUUAAAAAUCAAAGAUAAAAUUAAAAAAAUCAAACCUCACACAUCCCUCGAAGGUAGCAGUUUUUCUGUCAUAAUUUGUUUCACUUAAUUUCAAAGCUUUAGCUUAGCCAUCCAAAGAAGUGGUUCUCAUGACGGUAUAGAUUUGCCUGUUAUAGUUCGCUGUUGCAUUGACUACAUAGAAGAUUAUGGAUUGCAACAAGAAGGAAUUUUUCGAAGUUCUGGACUCAAGACUCGUGUAGUUGAACUCCGAAGAGCAUACAACAACCGAGAAAACGUAGUUCUAAAAGAUGUUGACCCGCCAAUCGUAGCAAGCCUUUUGAAGCAAUAUUUGCGGGAACUGCCUGAUAAUAUCUUAACUAACGAACUUUUAUCUAAAUUCGAGGACGCCUCAUCUAUCAAAGAUAGCCAACUUCAAGAGGAGACUUUUAGCAGUCUUAUUCGGCAGUUACCCGUAUACAAUAGAACACUGUUAUCCUGGUUGAUGGUGCUCAUGGAUCAUGUGAUUGAAAAGGAGCGAUUUAACAAAAUGAACGUGCAAAAUCUUAGUAUUGUACUUUGCCCGACAUUAAACUUGACUCAUCGUGUCUUGGGGUGUCUCUUCGCGUAUAGUCGUUCGCUUUUUGCUGGCACUCAAAUAAUAAGAUACAUUCCACCUCUAUCAGGCGUUGGAGUUAGUUUACCCGAUGAGCUGGAUGCUAUGACAAUUGAACUCAAGAAACAAGAAUCGUUACUGGCCCAAAUCCAUUGUGAGAUGAGUGUCGGAUCUGUGGCGAAACAUCGAGAAGAACAACUAUGGGAAGCACAGCGCAUCGUUACGCAGCUUAAGAGACAACUGAAACUGCAGGCACCUACUUCUACAGCUCCUGCGACUGCUAUGAUCCAGAACACAGUUUCUGAAACCGUAAAACCAACAGCUUUGCCAGAUGUGGGACCUAGUGGACAUGAUGUUGAGUUAAGGUUGGAAUUGGCUCUUCCCGUGAAGGUUCUUCCCGAACCAUCUGACCAGCUACCUGAUCCUGGAGUCGCCAAUCCUGAAUUGGAAAUCGAUAAAGAUAUAGUGGAACAGGAUCAAGAAGUAUCAAAAGGCCAGCCGUCCUGUGUCGAAGUAGUUGCUGAAAGCAUUCAAGAGCCGUCAGCUAAGAAUUCAACAGAAAAUACGUGCCAUGUUACGGUUAUUGAAAUUACUGGUCAUUCGACAGAAUCAGCAUCAUCUGAUAAAAACACAGGAUGGAACGCUUCGGAAACUGAAACGCCGUUAACAAAGGAAGAGGAAAUGGAACUUCUUCUCAUGAUUGAAAACCAUGAACGUGAGAAGAUUAUAGAAAAACUUUCAGAAGCAAUCGAAAAGGAGCGCAAGUCGGUAGAGCGCUUGCAAGAACUGUUAGCAGAUACAACUACUUCGUGGACUGACAGCUCUGAGGACGAUGACGGACUAGAUGUAGGCGAAGAAGAACAGGAACAGCUUUUAGCUGAAGUGCUUCGUGAAAACCGUCAAUUGGAGGAACAGAACAUGUUACUGCAGAGCCAAAUUGAAGAAAUCGGAGAGGCCUGUUUGAAAUUCAGAGCCCAGUUGCGAUUACGAGAAGAAAAGACGAAAUUACCGAUUGUGGGAGCUAAUGGAAUAAUUGCUUAAAUUUUUGCUUGAUUUGAACGUUCGCCAUAUAAUUAUUGAAAAGCCCCUUGCGUUACUGUUACAAAUAAAUCAAUUAAGUAAACUUAA